GCGGAGCUGCGGGAAGUCAACAGGAGGGUGUGCAUGGGUGCAUUUAUAGUCUCAAAAGCGAGGAGCAGACUCACGUCGCUGAAGUGUUGAUGAGUCAGGUUCUACUCAUUCUGAUAUGUGUUGAUCAUGUUUUUUGAUCUAGGAGACUUCACCAUGGAGGAGUUAGAUCUACGUGAACGCGUUGAGAUGCAGAGCUAAUGGAGACAGGCAGGGCUGAGCGCCGUGCCACUCCAGCGUGCUGAGCAGAUAAUCACAGAGCCUCAUUCAGUGCGCAGCGCAAUCCGCCGCAUGACCUGUGCGUCUUUUCUCAGCGCUUCAACUAUUUCUGGGGCAUUUCUGGGGGGCAGAGGAGCCUGUUUUAAGGAGCCAGCUUAAUGGGGAUUACACCACUUCUCACAUGUAUCUGAAUACGGCGUGAGGUGUACUUCCAGCCCGAGAAGAACGACCUGCAGGGGCGUGUAGUUAAUUGAAAUCGAUCCAGCGGUUUGUUUUUUGAAUGUGAAGCGGCAGCAGAGGUUGUUUCUCUUCUCCUCCUCCUCAUUCCCCUCCGUUUACGUGCAACAUGACUUCACUGUCGGGGACUAAGGAGAGGAGCAGCCGGAGCAAAAAACAAGGGAUGCCUGACUCCUCCCCAACAAAAUCUGCCUCAUUUUUUCCGGACACAUGGUGCCGAAAGGCCUACGAGGAAACCACCCGCUCCGGCACUCGCCCAGCGCCCGAGGGAGCCGGCUCCAUGCCCAGCUCCACGGGCACCCCUUCCCCAGGCUCAGGGAUCUCAUCACCUGGAUCCUUCUCUGGAUCUCCAGGAACCAUCUCCCCAGGGAUUGGCACUGGAUCACCGGGUUCUCUCAGUGGUUCUCCGGGUUUUGGGACAGGAUCGCCGGCCUCAGGGAGUGGAAGUUCCCCUGGAAGUGAAAGGGUGGUAUGGUGUGAGAACUGCAACACGCGGCUGAUGGAGCUGAAACGUCAAGCACUGAAACUACUCAUCCCUGGACCAUACUCCAGCAAGGAUCCCUCCUUCUCCCUCCUUCUCCAUGACAAGCUUCAGGUGCCCAACAGCUCUUGGCGGGCGUGGAACGAGCGUGAUAGUCGCUGUGACGUCUGUGCCACACACCUCACUCAACUCAAACAGGAAGCUGUGCGCAUGGUCCUCACCCUCGAUCAGUGGGAUCUUUCUCCCACUUCUUCACCUCCAGCUCGAUAUGGAUCUCACGGACCUUCAGGAACAACAGGACUUUCAGGAGCACCAGGUGGUCCGGUUUCACGUGAAUGGGCUCCUUCGAUUCUUCCCUCUUCUUCUGUGACUGCUUCGUACACUCCUCACUCCUCAUCCCAGUCUCCUUCUCCAAGCCCCAGUCUGACCCCGACACCAAGCCCGGUCCAUGGACAGUCCAUCCCCAGUCAAGGGAGUCCUUCAGGGGUACUAACAUCCAGCUGUGCUCCCAUAAAUCAACCGCUCCAAGGAGCAGGACACAGACUGGGAUCUAAGCCUAGCUCCUUGGGUCUGGGAGCAGGGGUAGACCGAAGGAAUAGCUCCCCCAGUUCAGGAAAAGCUGGUGCCCAACAGCAACCAGUGAGCAGAGUAAACAGCCCCAGUAACAGUGGAGGAGCAGUACUGAGUGCAGCUGCUUUACAGGCUCAUCAGCACCAGAACCGGACUAAUGGAGGAGUUACUCUGUAUCCAUACCAGAUCUCCCAGAUGAUCUCUGAUGCCUCAAGAGAAGGAGUGACUGAAGCUGCCCUGAACCGCUACAACUCACAAUCUCCUGCACACAUGAACUCACCGUCACACACAAACUGUCCCUCUAACACGCCAGCUGUAACCACCUCAGCACUGACUGCCACUUCUGCAGCUGCCUCCUUCUUCGCCAGAGCUGCACAAAAGUUGAACUUAACAUCAAAGAAGAAGAAGCAGAAGACCACCAUAGUUACGGCCCCAGUGACAUCAUCUCCAUCCCAACAAUGUGUCCCUCAUCUGUUCCCAACUACCUUCAGUUCUGCUUUGUUGAUGGUGCCUCCACCUGCUCCACCUUGUCUUCUCCGUGCAGCCAACAAGAUCAAAGAUACUCCUGGGCUUGGAAAGGUGAAAGUGAUGGUCAGAGUGUGCCCCACGUCUCAGUCUGACGCAGCAGAGUCCAGUUCUUUCUUAAAAGUGGAUCCCAGGAAGAAACAGAUUACCAUCAUGGACCCAUCAACAAACCAGGCACCAAGUGCUGCCUCCCAGAAAAGGGCAGGAGCCAAUCACAUUCCACCAAAGAUAUUCACCUUUGAUGCUGCAUUUCCACCUGAUGCAUCACAGGCGGAGGUGUGUGCGGGAACAGUGGCUGAAGUCAUCCAGUCUGUGGUGAACGGAGCUGAUGGCUGCAUCUUCUGCUUUGGACACUCCAAACUGGGAAAAUCGUACACCAUGAUUGGACGUGAUGACUCUCUUCAGACCCUCGGUAUAAUCCCCUGUGCCAUCUCCUGGCUCUUUAAACUCAUCAAUGAAAGAAAGGAGAAAACAGGAGCACGCUUCUCUGUUCGUGUCUCUGCUGUGGAGGUUUGGGGAAAGGAGGAAAACUUGAAGGAUUUGCUCUCCGAGGUGGCCACAGGAAGCUUGCAGGAUGGACAGUCACCUGGAGUCUAUCUCUGUGAGGACCCAAUCUGUGGCAUGCAGCUCCAAAACCAGUCUGAACUCCGUGCUCCCACCCCAGAGAAGGCGGCCUGGUUCCUGGAUGCAGCCAUCGCAGCUCGCCACAGCAGCCAGUGGUCCAACACCACAGAGGAAGAACACAGGAACUCUCAUAUGCUCUUCACAUUACACAUAUACCAGUACCGCAUGGAAAAGACAAGCAAAGGAGGGAUGUCAGGAGGUCGUAGUCGCCUUCACCUUCUGGACCUGGGGAGCUGUGAUGUUAAAGCACUUGGAGGAGGUGGUGGAAAAAGCAGAGAGAACUCUUCACCCAGCUCGGCUCCUCUGUGUCUUUCUCUGUCCGCUCUCGGGAACGUGAUCCUGGCCCUGGUCAACGGGAGCAAACACAUUCCCUACAAGGACAGCAAGCUGACCAUGUUGCUAAGGGAGUCGCUAGGCAACAUGAACUGCAGGACCACCAUGAUUGCUCACAUCUCCGCCUCACCCAGAGAUUUCUCCGAAACGCUCUCCACAAUCCAGAUUGCUUCACGCGUCCUCCGCAUGAAAAAGAAGAAAACUAAAGUAACUGUGCAAUAUACAUCAAGCUCCUCUGGAGGAGAAAGCUCAUGCGAGGAGGGUCGUAUGCGUCGUCCAACCCACCUGCGACCUUUUCAUCACCGUGGUGACGCUGACUCUGAACUGCCGCUGCUGAGACUAUCCAGUGACCCUGAUGAGUACUCGAGCAGCGAGCAGUCCUGCGACACAGUGAUCUACGUGGGCCCAAACGGGGCGGCUGUGUCUGACAGAGAGCUGACCGACAAUGAGGGACCUCCGGAGUUUGUGCCGAUUGUCCCAGCUUUGCUCCGAGGAAAAUUACCAGAGCAGCAUCAAAUACAUGGGCAAUGUCAACCAGCUGGAGCCCAGAACAAGUCUACGAUAGACGAACAGUCCAGUGGCUCAGCCCAACAGCACCCCUCGCAGUUACUGGUUGGUCAACCGUUGGCCCCUGUCCCAGAGGAAGGAGCUGAAUGUCUCAAAUGCAACACCUUUGCUGAGCUGCAGGAGAGACUGGACUGCAUUGAUGGCAGUGAGGAGGUGGCAAAAUUUCCCUUUGAAGAGGUUCCUGCAAGCAAACUAAGUGCCAAACAAGAGUCAUGUCCUUCCUCAUCUGCUUCUGGCUCUGCAGAUGUGCUGGAUAAAGAGGCCAAAACUGCAGCAACCUCUAGAAGGAGAAGCAAUGACCAGCAGCUUCAGGAGAUCAAGGAGGUGGUGGAGGAGGCAGAGUUGGCCCAGACAAUGAUCCACAGUUUAGCUCAGGUCACUGGAUGCCCCAUGGUUACCAGCUCCAGGAACAUAACUGGAAACAGCAGCAGCAUCAUCUCCAACCCCUUACACAAGGCAACAAACUCUGAGUUACAUGACAGCCGUGAGAAUCUAAAUGUCGUCGGUCAUAUUGAGGGGAAGGGCCGUCCUCUUGGAUCACCCCGCUUGGGCAUUGCAAGUCUGACAAAAACUUCAGACUACAGGCCUCCAUCUUCCCCAUCACAGCGAUGUAAGGUGUACACGCAGAAGGGUGUGACGCCGGCAACACCCCCAUUGUCCUCACACACCCUGGCUCAGGAUGGCCAGGCUACUGAUGCUUUGACCUCCGACAACAGUUUGGCGGCAGACAGUGGCCGCUCCUCCACAGAGUCCCUGCUGUCCAGGACGUCUCCUGCAGGCAUGAGCCCACAAGUCCGAGAGCCAACUGCUUCCCUCUCUGCCAGCCUGGGCUCAGCCGAGACACUCUGUGAUGAUGACGUCCCACCAAUACCUUUGGACAUGCACAAAGAUGCAGCAGCAGUAUCUGUUGGAGGAAGAGGGCCUCUCCUGCCUGGGGAAGAUGAAGUGGUGUACGCCAUGGCCUGCAGAGAUGAUGAGGACAUUGUUGUUACAGAUCUUGUUGAAGACCAGAGCUUGGUCGGUCGUCCAGUGAGCAUCAUCAGCUUUAACAGCGACUGUGGCUCUGAAGCUGCUCUCGCUUUAGAGUCUCAGCCUAUCUGCAUUAGAAGUGAUGCUGCUGUAGAUGGAGCCAUGGAAAAUUAUCACUUGUCUUCAGGUCUCGCAGCAAACACAGGGGUUAAGGAGGUGGUUGCAAUGGCAGAGGUGGCAAUGGCCAAGUUGCGGACUGGCGAAACUUUAGCCAUAGGAAUGUCAAACCCUGGUUCACCCAUGUCCUCCUGGAUGAGCGAUCUCAGCAUGUGUAGUGAAGCAGAUCAGUCUCUGCACAGCUUUAGCCAGUCUCAGAGUCAGCAAGGAGAGGCUCUAGCUGAUUCUGAAACCAUCCAAGGCUUUGGGGUUGAGGUUCUGGAUAGUUGUGGGAGUGGGAAAAGCUCAAGAAGAGGGAGUCUGGAAGGAGACCUGGUUCUGUCAGAAAAUGUGUCAGAUAAGGGCACUUUAAACAGAGACAGGAAGAAAAAACUGCCACCAUCUAUGGCGAAAACUAACAUUCAGAUUCUGGUUGGAUCUGGAAAUGUCUCAUCUUUCAAGACUACCGUAAGUGCUCACCCUUGCAUGAUUGUCAAACCUAUGGUUAUACAUGAGCCCACGAUCCUCUCCUCUCCAACAAAGACUGCUUUUAUGAAAGACCAAGGGAAAGCAAAAGCAGAAUUUUUGGCCUCCAUCUCCAGUGAGAUAAGCUUUGAAGACCCCUGGCUGAAACGUGGAAUGGACGAAGGAAGGCCCAGAGAACUUAUCUGUGAAGUGAAGCCAGAGAAGAGGGAAGUAGAUCCUAUAAAGAGCCAUGAAAGGGACUUCUACAGGGAUGGUGGAGAUCACAGUAACUCUGGCUGUGAGGUGGUGUCCUUUCCAGACUCCUUCAAGAGAGUUGUGGAUGGUUGUGAGAUGGUCGCAGUUACUGUCCAAGGUGGAUGUUUGACUGGUAUCUGCAGCCCAGAUAUCCACCGCACAGCCAGUCUACCUCGGGGCUGGCACCGUCUCAACCACCACGACGACUUAGAAAGUGGAAUAGAGUACCGCAGUCUCGGAGCCACCAAUUCAACACCCUGCAGUCCCCGAACCACACUUGAACGCUUAGGAUCCAAUGGAAAACAAGGAUUUUUCUCCCACAAGAAGGGUGGAAUCCCACCUCUUCCACCAGUACGAAAGUCCAGCCUUGACCUGCGAAAUAGGGCAGCUAGUCCUCUCCCCCAACCCACUCAUGUAGUAUCGUCACUGAGCAGCAGUGCAGAUAAUACAGGGAUCACCAGACAGCGUGGCUCCAGCAUAGACAGUAGCAGACUCUUUAGCGCCAAGUUAGAACAGCUGGCCAACCGAACAAACUCUCUGGGCCGGGUCCACAGCUCGAACAGUGGUUCCCACCACUAUGACUGCUUCUCCCUGGAGAGAGGUGAGAGCCUAAGAGGGGGAGGAGGGGUUAGGGCAGACACCACCAUGCCUCGCACUGGCCGCAAUAUAACCCGCACCGGCUCAAUAUCAUGUCCUACCGGAAACCCCAGCAGCCCCAGUUUUAGUGGAAGUAGCAGUCCAAGCAGUGCUCCACAGUCACCAGCCAAGAGCAGUAGCCAGUCAAAGAUCUCAGCAGUCAGUAAACUGCUAAUGACCAACAGUCCUAAAUCUAGAAGUCUCUCUGCUUCCAGCACUAAGACUCUGAGCUUCUCGACCAAGUCAUUAACCCAGACUAGCAGCCGCAGCUCCAGCCUUCCUCCUAAUGGAAAGAAUUCAGUCCAGGCCCCAGCUCAGCAGCAGCAAGGAUCUGCCCCUGGAUCAUGGUCCACCCAGUCCCUGAGCCGCAGUCGGGGGGGAAGUCUGACGGCGAAACUGCCUCUGCGGGCUGUCAACAGCAGAAUCUCAGAGCUCCUCCAGGGAAGUGCAGGAUCCCGUUCCAGGGGCCAUGUACAGGGAGGAGGCACAGAUCGAGCAGAGGAAAGAGGAGCUGGAGUGACGAGUGGAGGUGGAGCAGGUGGAGAUAACCUGGGAGAGGAGAGGGCAGCUGGGGUCCAAACACUGCCAUCUCCUUACAGCAAGAUCACAGCCCCAAGAAAACCACAUCGCUGCAGCAGCGGCCAUGCUAGUGACAACAGCAGUGUACUAAGUGGAGAGCUGCCCCCAGCCAUGGGAAAAACUGCCCUGUUUUACCACAGUGGAGGCAGCAGCGGCUACGAGAGCAUGCUAAGAGACAGUAGUGAGAACACAGGAAGCACCUCGUCAGCUCAAGACUCCCUCAGCGAGCACAGCUCAGCCACCACCUCCUCCCGACGGAGCUCCAAGAGCAGCAAGAAGAGCAGGAGCAACACAGGUCUCCAGCGGCGACGUAUGAUUCCAGCUUUGACCCUUGACUCCUCGUCUUCAUCACCUUCCCAGCGCUCCUCCAAACAGGCCAUCACUUCCUCUUCAUCCUCCUCCUCCAGUCCAGGUGCAUGUUGGGUAGACGGCCCACUGGGUCCCCCUGCACCUUCAAACCAUCGGGGUGUACCCACAUCCACAGAAACGAUUGAGAUCAAAGUGUACGAGAUAGACGAUGUGGAGCGACUGCAGAAGAGAAGGGACAAAGGAGGGAGUAAGGAGGGCGUGUUUGUCAGUGCCAAGCUUCGUGUGUUGGAGCAUCGCCAGCAGCGAAUCAGUGAAGUCAGAGCCAAGUACCAGUGUCUGAAGAAAGAACUGGAGCAAACCAAACAGCACUUGAUGCUGGAGCCACACAAAUGGACAGCUGAGUUUGAGCUGCAGCAGCCCUAUGAUGUGGACUCAGUGGAGUAUUUGGAAGCACUGGAAACAGUGACAAGCAAACUGGAAACUAGAGUUAACUUCUGCAAAGCCCAUCUUAUGAUGAUUACCUGCUUUGAUGUGUCCUCAAGACACCGGUAGAUGGAUGAAGACCCAGAAAGAAAGACCACAUUGAGAAAAUAUUAUUCUAACUCUGGAUAAUAGGAAACUUGGAAAGAGGAGCAUUGAGAUGGAGUGACCUGUUAUUCAUGCAAUUGAUCCAUACAUCUCCUCUGGAUGUAAGUAGACACAAGGACAGAUGAACGAAUAAAGAGAUCAACAAAGAUAACUAACAAACACCAACCUUUUAGUGCAACCUCAAAGGUAAUCUGAUAACAUCUUUUGCUUUAUCUGGUUUGAGUGAACUACUCAAAGAGCUAGCGAUAUAUUUAUCUGACAACUUACUGAACCAAGCAAAUGAAAUAUUUAACAAAAACACUACUUUCCAAAAAGGACAAACAAAAGAUGGAAGAAUGAGGUUGUAAAUGAGGUUUAAUGACAGAAUGAUACUGAAUUUUCUCUCUGAGAGAAUGACAAGAGGAGAUGAUUAAGAUAAGUGCCUUGAGAACAUUUCUAACGCCACCAAUUAUUUCUGAUUUUGUGUAUAUGCAGUUGGUAUGGUGCUAGUAUAGAGAAAAAAAAAACACAAAAAAUGAUGUCCUUACAAAUUUUAAUUUAGUAAUUUUGCAAUGUGAUGUUUUUCUGUGGGUCAGUGUUUCCUAAUUCAAUAAAAAACGUUUUAGUGUAUUAUCAUUGGUUUGUUAAAGAGAGAAACUACUUUACUGAAAAAAAACUGUUAAGGGACACUGAAAAUUCAGAUUCAGCGUGUAAGUGUGCAGAGAAAAAACUGUCUACAUUUAAUCUAUGGACUCGUCUCUGCCUGGACCUUUUUUCUCAAACGGUGCACAACUGAGUGUCGAUCAGUCAGACUCAGGAGGAUUCCUGCAGUUCAGUUCCCAUAUUACUGAAGUGAUAGCUUUUUCGUGUUCACAAAGGAAAGAAGUGUCCGAGUCACACAGGAGUGGAAGUGAAAAGAUCUCUCUCUGAUCCAGUUUUAAGUGCAUCCAUUGACAGACUGCCUGCUGAGUGACUGACCGUUAUGUGUAUCCGUGUUGUUCUGCUUUACUCUAAAAGAAACCGAAUGAUUCGUAAAUGUGUUUUUUCUAAUAAGGUUUUUUUUUUUUUUUUAUUUGAGAACAAUGGGACCAUGCAGAGGCUAUGUGCGAUGACAUAAAGAAAUAUUAUAAAUGCACUGCUAGGAGGAAAAACAAAUAAUAGUAUAGAUUCAGGGGUCUGCAACCUUUACCAUCCUAAGAGGUUUGCCCUCAAUCCAGCUACAUAAAUCUUCUUCAGAGCCACAAAUGGUACCUCACCUUUGAAGAAAGACUUUUGAUGAGAAUCUGCUGUAGGAAAUUUGUUUUCAUUAUUAAAGAACCACCAUUUUAUUUCUGUUUUUAGAUUUUAAAACAGAUAAAAACAUAAAAAUCUUGAAAAAAGAUUAUAUAUACAUUUUCUUCUACAGGAUAAUGAUAUUUGUGGAAAAAUAUGUUUAAAAAAAAGCAUGUAGUUUUUAGCCUGAUGACAAGACAAAAUGGAUCUAAGAAGUAUUGCUGGUACUUUACGUGUCAUUCUAUUUUAGAAGUUCAGUGCAAUUAUUCCAUGAAAAAACUGAAAAACUACUAAAACCUGCAUUUGGCAUUAUAUAUAUAUAUUUUUAAAACAAUUAGUUAGUUCUUUAUCAUUUUUAGCCAAAGAACCAUUGUGGAAGGUCAAAAAAGCAAGUUGCAGCUCAGGAGCUGCAGGUUGCAGAGCCCUGGUAUAGAGUAUGAUAUUGAAAUUUAAUUACAAUUUCUUUUAUUAAAGCCAUUAAUUAAAUUGGAAUUUGUGCAUAUUAGGGGAUCAAGAUUGCGCUGAAACAUUGUUAAGAAUUAAUAAACUACAUUUUAGAGGAAAACCUCUUAAAAAUCAAAGCUCUCCGCCUGGUUCCAUUUACAUUGGAUAGAACUGUUAAAUAUUUAAUAUUAUUAUCUAUGGUGCUUGAGAUGUUUACGAUCUAAAUGUUUGUAAAAAUAUAAAUAGAUGAAAAAGUCUGUUUCCCCCCGAAACACAAAAAUGUUCUCUUUAUAUGCCUCUUCUGCAUUACAGUCAUCACCGCUGUUGUCCUGAACGUAACCGGUAACUCCACGGUUCAGCUUUGCUGUCACGUCUGGAGCAAAUACAUGAUAAUAUGGGUUUCAUUCUUUGGAAGCUAUGCUUGGUUUAUCUUUCUGCUUUUUUAAAGUUUGCCUAUAGAAAAUAAUACAGUUGUAACCAGAUAUUUACAUAUACUGUACAGAAAGACGCUAGCCUUUUCCUCCAUCUCUCUGAGAGUAAAUUAGACUAAACAUUUCUCAUUUGAGGUCAGUUAAGAUGAACAAAAUUAUUUCCAUCCAUCUUCUAUACCCAUUUCUUCUGUACAGCUGGUCCCUAUCUCCAGCGGUCUACAGGCGUGAGGCCUGGACAGGUUGCCAGUCCAUCGCAGGGCAACACAGGAACACGCAAGACAAACAACCAUGCACACACCCAUUUACAGCUAAGGUUAAUUGAGAGACACUAAUUAACCUAACAGUCAUGUUUUUGGACUGUGGGAGGAAGCCAGAGUACCCAGAGAGAACCCAUGCAUGCACAUGGAGAACAUGCAAACUCCAUGCAGAAAGACCAGCCGGGAGUUGAACCCAGGACCUUUUUGCUGCAAGGUGCUGCCAGCUGUGCCACUAUGCAGCCCAAAAUUAAUUUGAUUUAGUAUAUUUAGAGACUUUCUACUGCUUUCUUUGAAGUCAGAAGUUUACAUACAAUAUCAGUAUGCCUUUAUACAGUUUAGGAAAGCUCAGUUAGAUGUCAUAGCUUUGUAAGCUUCUAAAAGGGUUAAGUCAGAAGAUUUAAGUAAGUGUGGUAGCUUCAUGUCCCUGGGUACAAUUGGGUACAAUUCUGAAUUGCCAGUAUUUACACCACAGAAAUGUCUAGCCAUUUACUGUUCAGGAAGGAUAUUGAUUCUGUGUCCCAGAGAUGGUUGUGUUUUGAUAUGAAAUGUGUGAUUCAGUCCUACAAAAAAAACAGAAAACUUUGUGAAGAUGUUGGCUGAAGUUGGUAAGAGAGUGCUUUAUGCAAAGUAAAACAAAUCUUGUACCAACACAGACUGAAAGGUCUGUGUUGUGAGAAGCUUGUGGAAGAAAACCCAAAACGUUUGAGUCAAUAAAGUGAAAAGGCAAUUCCAAGGAAUACAAAGGAAAUGUAUGUUAACUUCUGACUUUAAAGUAAUAAAAAAGGUCUCAUUAUUCUGGCAUUUACCAAACAGAAAUGAUUUUGGUUGUACUAACUGGCCUUAAGCUUGAAUGGUUUAGUCUGAGUUAAUGUCAGUGAGAGAAAAUGCAGAUGUGUCCUUUUAUACAGUGUUUUUAAAUAUGUAGUUUUAGCUCUUUAUGCUGCUCUGAAGUUUUGAUCAAUGUAUGGCUGUUAAAAUGAAAUAAAGCCAUUGAUGUUUA